AUGGCAGAAGAGCCUACGAGGAACAGAGCACCGUCGCGGAAGCAGCAGCUGAGCUCGCUGGCCAUGGCUGUCAUUUGCAACAGGGUGUUGAAGCGUCUCUGCGAGAAGCGCGGCCUCCAGCCGGCAGAUCAGUUGGCCUUACCACCUCAGCGGUCGUCUAGUCAUUAUGACGUGGUUGUUGGUGUGCUGUCGGCUCGCAAUAACCAUGAACUUCGGAGUGUGAUAAGAAGCACCUGGCUGAGGCAUUUGCUGCAACACCCAGCACUAAGUCGACGCGUGCUUGUGAAGUUCAUCAUAGGUGCCCGUGGCUGCGACGUGCCCGUGGAGGACCGGGAAGACCCUUACUCCUGCAGACUGCGCAACAUCUCCAGCCCAGCUUUGAAUCAGGAGAUCGAGGCGUUCAGUCUUCCUGAAGAUGCCUCCGCCGGGCGCUCUGAGGACCGUGUCGUCAGCCUGAGCUUCCGAGUUCUCCACCCGAUUGUCAUUACCAGUCUGGGGGUGUUUGAUGAUGCCAGCGAUGGGAGUUUCCAGAGGAACAUCACUGUCAAGCUUUAUCAGGCAGAGCAGGAGGAGGCCCUCUUCACUGCUCGCUUCAGCCCCCCGAGUUGUGGUGUACAGGUGAACAAGCUGUGGUACAAGCCUGUGGAGCAGUUCAUCCUGCCAGAGAGCUUUGAAGGCACAGUCGUGUGGGAGAGCCAAGACUGCCAGGGCCUGGUAUCGAGAGACCCCCGCAGCGUGACCAUGAAUGACGGCGGGGGCGUCCUCAGAGUCGUCUCGGCUGGAGAGGGCGCGCUGCCUCGGGAACUCCUGGAAGGUGUGGAGGGCAUUGCAGGCGGCUUUAUUUAUACUAUUCAGGAAGGUGACGCUCUCCUACAGAACCUUCGCUCUCGCCCCCGAAGACUGAGUGAGCACAUGAGCAGCCUCCAGGCGGAAGAUGCCUCCCUGGGGGAGGAAGGCCGCAUCCACGGUGACAUCGUCUUUGUGGACGUCCUUGACACUUACCGGAACGUGCCUGCGAAACUGCUGAGCUUCUACAAAUGGACUGUGGAAACGACCAACUUUGACUUGUUGCUGAAGACAGAUGAUGACUGCUACAUUGACUUAGAAGCCGUUUUUAAUAGAAUUCUCCUGAAGAACCUGGGAGGUCCUAACUUUUGGUGGGGAAAUUUCAGGCUGAAUUGGGCCGUGGACAGGACGGGGAAGUGGCAGGAGCUGGAGUACCCCAGUCCUGCGUACCCCGCCUUCGCAUGUGGGUCCGGGUACGUGAUCUCCAGGGACAUCGUCCACUGGCUGGCCAGCAACUCGGGGAGAUUAAAAACCUACCAGGGUGAAGAUGUGAGCAUGGGCAUUUGGAUGGCAGCCAUCGGGCCUAGAAGACACCAGGAUGGCCUGUGGCUGUGCGAGAAGACGUGUGAGGCAGGCAUGCUGUCGUCCCCACAGUACUCCCCACAGGAGCUAGUGGCACUCUGGAAGCUGAAGGAGCGCUGUGGUGACCCGUGCCAGUGUGCAGCUGGGAGAGCAUGACUUUGGCUCGCUGUGUCUGAGGAUCAGGGUAGGUGGAUGGUACCUGAAUGCCAGUCUGAGGCGAGAUGACGGCCUGUCAGGGGAGGCUGGUUGCACGUCCACCUGUAGCCAGUGUGAGAGGUUUCUUAACAUCUGCACAAAGUUUCCUUUUAAAAAUCAGUUAAUCUACAUAUUGGUACAUGAUUUGAAUGAUACCAAGUUGUUUGUAAAAAGACAAAGUAGUUCUGUAACUAGUAAUUUAGUAGCUCUCACUGUUGGUUGGGAGUUGGUCUAGUUCCAAGGGCUGGGACUUCAGCCAGGACUGCAGACUGUUCGGGGUACCACAGUAGGGUAAUUACAGGCAGACAGAACUCACAGGACUGCCGUGUGACCACGUGUGCCAAAGCUUGGGGCGUCUGAAGGAUGUGGCAGUUUGAAACUGAUGUCAGUAUUGGUUGUGGACACUAACUGAAGUUUAUCAAGCAGACUGAUUUUUGCCAUUUUAACAGUAACCUUAAACGUGCUAUGCUAAAUUUAGGUAAAACCAAAUACCUCUCAGGGCUUUGUGCCACAGGGAAAGGCAGGGAGGACUCUGCUUUCUCCCUUUCAGUGCCUGCUGUUUUCCUGAUGUGUAAAGGAAUCUCAGAGCUGAUGAUCUUCUGUGAAAGAAUUAUGUGCUCAAUUUAGGUGUAAGUAGAGAAAAGCAUGUAUUUUUUCAAGUAUAUCAAAAACAAUGCAACUGAGAAGAACACUCAGCACCCCGACCUGUAGAUGUGCCUCCCUCAGGUUAAGGGACAGCUCCCCAAAUACCAACCCCGUCAUCUUUGUGAUCUUUUAAACCAGUAGUGAAUUCCAUUAAAAUUAGUCCUUGGAGAGAAAGUAACUGUUCU